UUAAACAGUUCAACUGUGUAAAUUGCCAGUGUGAGAAUGAUGAUUGUGACUGUGAUUUUCCCACUGUUGCUGCUGGUCUACUCUGUCUCCAUGGAUCAGAGUAACACAAAGGCAGAAAAUGAAAUUCUCGCACAGCCUUUUCCGCAAGACAUCCAUGCUGUGCUGAGAGAGAUGACUGGCUCGUUGGUUCAACUGAGGGUGGAGAUGAGAUUCUUGCAAAGAGAGAAUCAAGCAAAUGCAGCAAAGCUGGAAGAGUUGGAGAGGCAAAAGACUGAACUUGACAAGCUGAAGCAACAGCUGCAAGUCAAACACGUGGCUUUCUCAGCCGCUCUGUUGGCUCAAGGCGAUGCAACUCUCGGACCCUUUCACACAUUUACUCCCUUGGUCUUCAAACAUGUUGUCUCAAACAUUGGAAAUGCCUACAACCCAAACACAGGUGUUUUCACUCCACCAGUGAGAGGAGCCUACCACUUCGAGUGGCACAUAGGUGCACAUGGAGAUGGGAACCAUCCUACAGGUGCUGUGUUGAUCAAGAACUCAGAGCACAUUUUUAUCGCAUAUGAGCAUCAGCCGACCCAUUAUGGGACUUCUUCUAACAGCGUUACACUGCUUCUAGAGGUCGGAGAUGUUGUGUUUUUGCGACUGUGGGUUAACACAAGGGUGUACGACAAUCAAAACCACCAUAACACCUUCAGUGGUCAUCUGCUUUUCACCAUGUAAGAUGAAAACUGUUACUCUUUUUCUUCAUCUCCAUGAAAUGCAUGCAGGUUUUUGUUGUAUUAAACUGAAACUGAAACUUAAUCUGAUUAUCUUGAAUCCCUGUAGCAAUGUAUAGUUCUCAUUUCCCUUUAUAUAAAAGCUAGAUGACAGAGCAAUGCAACUGCAACAACAUUUACACAAAUUAAAAUGUUCAGACAUUUUUCAUCUGUAUCUGGGUCGGGAUCUGCAUGAUAGAUAAUAAUCAUAUACAGGUUUUCCAAAUUUCAAAGUGAUUAAUGUUUCUGAUUCUCUUGUCAUUUGAAUUAAAGACUACAGACAUCAUCAA